AUGAUGAGGUGUUAUGGACCUAAUGUCCGAAAGACUCUGGCAAAGAACAAUGAAAACAGUGCUGCUGAAAGGAUAGUAAUACCAGAAGACCAUGAUCAUGCGGAUGAUGAAAGAAUACCAACAUUGAUUCAAAUUCGAAUGGAAUUAUUGCAACUCGAUGAACAAAUGAAACAACAACCACCACCACUGGAGGAAGAUUUGCAUUCUAUUCAACAACGAAUGGAAUAUUAUCAACAAAAGAUUGCGGAAUUGAAAAAAUCUUUCAAGAGUGAUACUGAUGAUAUGAUUUUGGUGGAAAAGAUUUCAACCAUGAACGAUAUAGACGAACUACGAAGAAUGCUUUCCGGGUGGGCAAAAAAAUAA